AUGGCAUAUAACUGGUAUCAGACUCACGCUCCCGGCUGGGGAACACAGCAAUACCAAUUUGGACCUCCGCCAUCCCCAGGGUACCUUACUAGCCCAUCAUGGGGCGGACGGGACUACUACAGAGCCCACGUGGGACGGACAGAAGAUUUGGAUUUGUACGAGUACGCCAUGAACAAGCUCGCCUCUGGAGCUCUGGGUGUUGGUAAACACGAAGCGAAAAGAUGGCACAGACUUGCAUACGCUGGCCUCGGGGAGGUCGCUAGGAUGCUUCCUACUGAGAUUGGCUACGCAGCUGCCUACGAAGCCUAUCGAAUUUACAUCCAUCAUAACGCAAGGCUGUACGAGUCACUAUAUAGUCGCCCUGAACGGCAACGAGAGGCGUUGGUGGCCACAGCCGUAGCAGAAGUCCAGCGUCUUUGGCAAGACACCGGCCGCGCUUACGACGAAUUCGGCCUUCGGACCGCAGCUGAAGCAGCAGCUGCAAGCGCUGCUUUAAUAUUCAGAAACCAUCUCGAAUACGACGCCAACGACCCCUAUGGAACCACAGGAGGAGGGGGAUACCGUCGCACGCGCCACAAUUCCAUUGCCCCUUCUACGGCCAGCUCUCCAUACUCGUCCUCAUACUCACUCGACCCGUAUGCACUUGAUGACUCCACGCUUCGACGCAGCAGGUAUGGGUAUAGAGACGGCAUCAAUCGAUCACCCUACCUUGGUGGCGUCGGUGGCGUCGGGGCUGGUGCUGGAGGUGCUGGAGGUGUUGGGGCGUUGAACACCUAUAACUCAGCUGCAUCGAUGCCUGUACCCAUGCCUUCUUCUUCGCCCUAUCCCGGUCACACUUCUUACCCCGCUUCAUAUGCACAAGGAUCGAUCGUCCUCCCUCCUGCCUCGACUUCAUACGGCGGGGCACCCUCGACUUCAUACUCCACGGGUUAUCCGCAAGGCCCCGCGGCUUUACCCGUCUCGCAGGGCUACCCUUCGACUUACUCGUCUGGCGGCAGCUACGGCGGGAUGGGACAGCAGCAGCCACCGGUCGUGGUUAUCCCACAGACUGGUCAUCAUCAUCAUCAUAGGCAUCGAAGCCUUGGUCUCGGGCACAGGCAUCGACGGCACAGGAGCUUGGAGAGGUAUUAUUGA